UUCUAACUUCAGGCCUAAAAAUCGUCAUCAUAGUUCUGUUCUAUAAAGCAGGUGUGUCUUCAUCAUAAAUUCUAAUGCUUGCAGAACCAGAGCUUCAAUUUGAAAAAUUCAACCCCCAAAAAGAAAAUAUCUACAUACUAAAAAUGGCCUGGAUGUGGGCAGCACUAUCGGUGAUUGUUUUGGUUUAUCUCCUUCAAGAACUGCUCAGCCUGACAGAGAAAAAAAGGCUGCCUCCAGGCCCGAGAGGGCUUCCGAUUUUAGGCCAUUUGCACCUGCUGGGAAAGAAUCCCCACCAAAACUUGUAUCAUCUAGCCCAGAAACAUGGCCCGAUUAUGGGUUUGCGCCUUGGGUUCGUGCCCACUGUCGUUGUAUCAUCACCUGCCGGAGCCGAGCUCGUCCUCAAGACCCAUGAUCUAGUUUUUGCCAACAGGCCUCGGAAUGAAGCCUCCAAAUAUAUAAUGUAUGAACAGAAAGAUCUGGCUUUCGGGCAAUACGGCCCGUAUUGGCGAAACAUGCGAAAACUCUGCACCUUGGAGCUACUGAGUAACCGCAGGAUCAACGAAUUCGGGGCCAUGAGAAAGGUAGAGCUGGAACUGCUGGUCAGUUCACUCAAACGGGCUGCUGAAAUGAGGGAAAUUGUAGAUCUCAGCGCCAGGGUUUCAGGCCUGAUUGGGGAUGUGACUUGCCUGAUGGUAUUCCGGAGGAAGUACGCUGACAAGGAUUUGGAUCAUGAGAAGGGUUUUAAGACUCUGAUAAUGGAGGCACUAGAGUUUGCUGGGAAAUUUAAUCUUGCUGACUAUUUUCCAUAUGUUGGGUUUUUUGAUUUGCAGGGAAUGAACCGUAAAAUGAAGAGCCUGAGCAAGACUUUCGAUCGGUUCCUCGAGAAACUCAUUGAUGAUCAUGUUAAGAACAAGCAAAAGAAGAAGCAGACUAAGGACUUUGUCGAUACGAUGAUGGAGAUUAUGGAGUCUGGAAACGCGGAAUUCCAAUUUGAUCGCCGCCAUGUCAAGGCCGUGCUUUUGGAUAUACUCAUAGCGGGAAUAGACACUUCAACAUCAGCAAUAGAAUGGGCACUCGCGGAACUCAUCAGGCACCCACGAGUAAUGAAAAAGCUACAGAAAGAACUUGAAACAGUGGUCGGAAUGGAUCAAAUGGUGGAGGAAUCACAUCUUCAUGGACUCGAAUACUUGGACUUUGUGGUGAAGGAGACGCUAAGACUCCAUCCUGUUGGCCCCUUGUUAAUCCCACAUGAGUCGAUGGAAGACUGUGUGAUCGAUGGUUACCACAUACCAAAAGGAUCACGAGCCAUAGUCAACGUUUGGGCCAUUGGGAGAGAUCCUAACGUGUGGCCUGACCCUGAAGUUUUCAAACCCGAAAGGUUUAUUGGGAGCAAUAUAGAUCUAAGGGGACGUGAUUUCCAACUCUUACCAUUCGGGUCUGGCAGAAGGAGUUGCCCUGGAUUGCAACUAGGGCUCACGAUGGUUCAAUUGGUGCUUUCACAACUGGUGCAUUGCUUUGAUUGGCAGCUUCCAAAUGGUAUGCAACCAAGUGAUUUGGACAUGUCUGAGCACUUUGGUUUAACGGUUGCAAGAGCUAAGCAUCUUGUGGCCAUUCCCAGUUACCGAUUGCUUAAAUAAUUGAAGGUUUGAUUCCAGGAAACAGUAAGGACUACUCUAUGAAAUUGGAAGCACCAAAUGAUAUAGCUCGUCGUGCCAUCCAAAGCUUAAUGUUUGUUUCACAAUACAAGAAACCUUAGCCAGCAAGUUUUUGUAAUUAUUCUUCAUCAUUUUUGUGCAGAUACUUAUCCCUAAUGAGGCAGACAAUAUUUUCUUGUGUAUAAAUUUUGGUAUAUGUGAUAUCCAUAUACAAGUUUCUCAUUUUAA